GGGAUAUUUUCUUCCGUUUGAUUACACCGUCCGAUUCUCAGUCGCCGAUAACUUCAGGCGUCUUGGUUCAUCGUCGUAGUCGUCGUGCUCAAGCUUCACGAACCAGUUUUCUAGUUUGAUUCGAUUAAUUUGAAUCCUCCUUCUCGACGGAUGAUGAUGAUACAAGAGAUGGAUGAUUAGAGAAGAAUCGCUCGUUAGUUCGUCUUCUUCUGGUGAGGGUGUGCCUGGAUCAGCAGCUUGGUUAGGCAGGGGUCUUUCUUGUGUUUGUGCUCAACGAAGAGAUAGUGAUACGAAUUCCACCUUUGAUUUUACACCUGCUCAGUGAUGACGACAACAAGAAGAUUAUGUUAUCCUCGGCACCUCAGCCUCAAGAUCUGGAAGGGAACUCUUAUGCUGUAGCUGCCAAUGACCUUGCGUCUUUCUCCACUUACAGUAGUUUCUAUGGUUGUACCAAUGGCUUCUUCCUUUAUUAUGACCAAAGGUUCUUUGAGGGGCUGAAAGGUUUAGUGACUCUGGCGGUGAUAGGCAACCCCAGCACAGGACAGUCUUUGACCUUACCAAGACUGAAGUCAAAGAUGAGGAAUGGAAGGACAACCUAUCUUCUUGGAUAUGACCCCAUUUCUAAAGAAUUCAAGGUAUUGUCAAGUGCCUAUCAGUGGGUAAAGAAUGUUUGGAUCUCUGUGGACUGCCACGUUCUGACAUUAGGAACUAGAAGAUUGUCAUGGAGGAAGGUCCAGUGUUGCAUACCACAUUGGCAUUCUGGCAAGUGUAUAUGCAUCUGUGGUGUUUUGUACUACCUAACGGUAUCAGGCACGGAUGUCUCGGAUCCUAUGGUCGUUUGUUUUGAUUUGAGGACUGAGAAGUUCAGCUGCGUGAAGUUCGUGGGAAUUUCCAGUAAAGCAAAGCCUGCAUCGCAAACUCUUGUCAACUUUGAUGGCAAAUUAGGUUUGCUCAUGUCGGAAAAUUUUAAUUGUGUUUACGGAGGAAGUAAAAGUUUUGAGCUGUGGGUUCUACGAGACGCUGCAAAACAUGAAUGGUCCGUUCAUGUUUACAUGUUACCUCUUUUGUGGGGAGAUGUGGUUACAGCUACCAUGUGUAUUGCUGGAAUGGUUGGUACAAAUGAAAUCGUACUGUCCGCGUGCAAACCAGACGUGCAUUCCUAUGUCAUCUACUACAAUGUCGAGAGUAAGACGAUCACAAAAGUUGGAGUCCAAGGAAUCGAAGCCUUUCAGGGUAAAUAUGUCGACAUCGGUCUCAACUAUGUUGAGAAUGUGAAGCUUCUUUAAGCAUUUCAAAAAAAAAUGUGUAGUUUUCGUUUUGUGUAUUGCCCUUUCUCUAGCUUUUUGUGCCGUUUUGGUUUUUGUAUAGGGAAGAAUUAUUGAGCUACAUUCUUCGAGUGUCUUAUCAUAAGUCAAAACUUUUAAAGA